AUGAGUAAAAGUUCGCUUGCGACAUGGGCUAAUCAGAAGUUUGGCGUUGGAAUCACUCAAUCUGCUAUUCGCAGCAUCCUCAAAAAGAGUCGUGAUCUCGAGGCCAUGCUAAAUGUUGAGAUUUCGGCAAAAUGGCCUCGCGUUACACAUCACCCGCAGCUUGAUGAAGCCUUGGCAACAUGGACAAACGUCUUUGCUGGCCGACUUGGCUUGCGCAACAAUGCAAGCAAAUAUUCCAAUGGGUGGCUACAACGCUUUGAAGAGAGGAACAAGUCGCGUCGCAUCUGCAUUCAUGGUGAGAGUGGUGCGGCAGAUCAGGCAGUGGUCGAUGCUGUCCUUCCUGCGCUCUUAGCAGUCAUUGCUCGGUAUGAGCUGAAGGAUGUGUUCAACAUGGAUGAAACUGGAUUAUUUCAUUCCAUGGUUCCAGAAAAUACCAUUGUAAAACAGCAGAUUGAGGGACGUGGACAAGCCAAAAACCGCAUCACAGUUGCCUUUGCUGCCAGCUCAGAUGGAUCGGAGAAGCUCAAGCCAUUGUUCAUUAGAAAGGUCAAUAAGCUCGCUGUUUCAGUUGUAAGACAAAGAGCAACUGGAAUUCUAUUAUCGCCGCAAUAA